AUGUCUCGACCCUUAUCGCGUGCUUCAUGCACGCUUGCUCGUGUUCGAUUGCCGCCUCGAUCUCCACAAUGUACAACAAUAGCUACGUUACGAGACACGCUACUUUUUCAUGAGAGGCGACCUACGCAGCGACACGUAUCCACGGCAACUGAUAUGGCAAAUAAGGAGACAGCCAACAAGACAAAGCGUCGUUACCGUUGGCGACAACCUGCUCACCAGCUUACACUCGAUGGAGGAGAUACGCCACUUUCACCUGAAGAAUUGAAGCAGAUAAUACACAAGAAGAUGCAACAAUCGUUGGGAGCAAGUGCUGACAUGGCGUUGCCUGCUUCUCAUACCCGAGAAACAAUCCUUGGCCUUGCAGACAUCCUUGACAAAAACAACGUUGCAUACGACGCACACACGUACGAAUUUCUUCUAAGCGCCCACGCCAAAUCACACGACUACAAUAUGAUCAUGCCUUUGCUUGAGGAAAUGCUUGACAAGGGGAUUCGUCCAAAGCCAUCCUUUUUUCAUCGAGCGUUUGGGCUUGCAGCACGUUUUGGUCAAGUGAGACUCAUGGCCAUGCUGAGAGAGGUAUUCAAACAUUGUGGAUACAACCCGAAUGCUCGAAGAGUACUGGUGGAGAUGAUCCAUUGUACGUGCUAUAAUGGCGAAUUGGAGCAUGCGAUUGAUAUUCUGGAGGCAAUGAAGCGGAGCAACAUAAUACCAACAUUACAAUCCUACAUGUCUAUCGUGGAUACCGCCCUUGGAUAUGGACAACCAGAUGUCGCGUUCACCUACCUUCAGGAAGCAGAACGGGUUCACCUUGAGAGACAUGCUGAUAUCGAUACCCUACCGGAUCACUUUCAUCCCAUCUUUAUCAAAACAUUACGUUGUGCAGCAAUCAAAGGAUCAUAUGAUAUCGUUAAAGCUGCUUGGCAAAUAGCAGUCAAUGAGAAAAAGUUAUCGCCCGAUGAAGGUUUAUGUCAAUACGUAUUGCAAGUCGCUGGUCGACAUGGAGAUUCUCAGCUCAGCAUCGAUGUCUUUCGUAUCCUUGGAUCGCUUGGAUUCAGCUAUAAGGAGUCCCAUUUUGCAGCAUUGAUUGAAUCAUAUACACCGAGUGAGGAUUGGAGGAAUAUGCUCAAAGUGCUAUACAUCAUGCGUAAGACGGGUGUGACACCAUCGCGAGAAACAGCCAGGCCAAUAGCAUACAAAUUGGGAAGAGAUACCAAGGCGAUACGAUCAGCACGUGAUGCGGCCUUGCAACUCCACAAGGAAGGUGCAUUGGAUAUUGUUGCGUUCAAUUUGAUUAUCCACGCGUUUGCAUUCAACAAUGAAGCCGAAGAAGCGUUUGAAACAUUUGCAAAGGCCAAAGAACUCGAGCUAUCAAUCAAUAUCGAGACCAUCGAUUCUGUUUUGGACGCUUGCAUUCAUAUGAAAGAUGCUGCCAUGGGCGUGAGCAUUUUCAAUGAGUACGUACGUGGCGACAUUAUCCCAACAGCAACAACGAUGAGUAAAAUGGUGGCGUUGCUAUGCACACAAGACAACUACGAGGACGCAUUUAGAUAUCUUGAAGAUACAAAGGCAAUGGGACUCGUACCGCUUCGUGGAUGUUAUUAUCGACUCGUUAAAAAGUUAGCAAUCUCUGGUGAUGCACGGAUUGACAUGGCUCUACAUGAUAUGAAAACGUGUGGUUAUGAUCCUGGUGAAUCUCUAGAGCGGUACAUUGAAAGGUAUAUGCCACAAGAAGAAGAAUCGCCUGAUCAGGAACCCGAGUCUGCAAUCAAGCUACCAUGA